CACAAACACAACAAACAAAGCUUAGCAGGUUGUUAGAGGUAAAGAAUCUGAUUUCGUUUCAAUCUGCAGCCUCUCAAGCCACAUCUGCUGCGGACGCACUAUGGAAACCUAGGGUCGGCCGAUCAAGGAUCUUGUUGAACCGAAAUUGGGUCAAGCCGAGGACUCCGAGACGCCAUUGGCUCAGUAUAAGUAAGCAUGGCCGAGACUGAAGAUGAGAUGUCAGACGCAGGGCUAAAUUUUACGACGAGAUCGAGGCUACUUUCUUGGAACCAAAAGCAGUUGAGAGAGUUAGCAAGAGAAGUAUCGCAAAAUAUUCCUCAAAACUGGCUCCUAGAGGGCAAAUGCUGGUUGAGAUGGACUUUCGGUACCGAAGUAUAUCACUUGGAUCCAGACAGGUACUUGGAUAUUCGGGAUUGGUCGGAUCCUCAACUAGAACGUUUGCUCCAACAGCUCAGAGACGGGGACGUUUUGGUCGAAGCGGUCAAUGACAAAGAAAUUGCAGCCGCUAAAUUUGUUAACGCUCUUAAUGUCUCCGGGCUGAAUUCUUCGAAGGCAUCCCAGAAGAGAUACAGAGCCCCGGACAGACUUAAGGAACGGCUCGUACAAACCAUUGAAACUGCGGUAGGUCGGCGAUUAGUUCAGUGCUCGCUCAAAGCCAUCGACCCUCGAAACUCCGACCCCGAGCCACCGAAUCUCUACAAUUGGCGAUUCAGUCAAGAAUACCUUGCUUUCCCUGAUACUAAAGGUGGCAUCUCAAGGUGGACUGCUGAGCAAAUUCGAUGUUGCAAUAAUGCUCUAGACAAAGGCUAUCUGACCGUGGUCGUUGUUGAACAUGGUUCGGCUGAACAGGCAGCUAUGAGACAGCAACGAGAUACGGGAGCUCUAGCCGAAGAGGAAGUGGAUGAUUCAUGUCAUCAUUCUGAUCAGGAGAUUGAAGACGCUACUCGACAUGAAGACUUGCCGCCAAAUGGCCCCAGUGAAGUCUCAAGUCAAGGCGAAAACGGAAAUCGAUCUCAACUUGAGGAAGCCAGUCCAACUAAAAACGACGACGCGCAGUCGGUGGCAGUAGGUGAAACAGAACGAACAAUUAAAGAGGAAGUAGGGAGCACAUGCGAGCAAGCGAAGAAUGUGCAUGGGCUAGUCAAAGGGCUCUCUGCACUCCACUCUCGCAUGGUUGAUACAAUGUUAGACAUGGUUCGAACGAAACAAAUCCAAGAGUUGGAACAUACACUCAAAUCGAAGCACGAGAUUAAGGUGAAUAAACUCAAGAAAGAGGCCGAUGAAUUGAAAAGGCAAUUACACACAGAGCAGGGAGCCAAACAUGAUGCUGUGGCGAAGAUUUCGGGUUGUCAGAUGCAAAUCAACGCCUUGAAAGACCUUGCGAAAAAGCAUUCAGAGGAGUUGAGCGUACGGCUUGCCAACGCAAGGCGCGAAGGUGAGCUUGCUGGGAAGGAUAAGGCAAUCAAGGAUCUCCAUGCUGUCAACGAAGGAGAACGACUUGCUCUGCAACGAAACUACCUCGAUCAGCUCGACAAAGUCAAAAAUGAUUCCUACCAGCUCGGAUACGAUGCCGGACGCAAAACAUAUUCUGGUCAAAACAUCAAUGAGCCCCAGAAAUUGGACUUAAAAGUAUUGAAGCGGACUCAUGACGACGAGCUCAAAUCUGCCCGAGAGGCAAGCUUACAAGAAGGCAGGGACAUGGCGUACAAAGAACUAGCAUUGGGGCCAGAAGACAGGAUCAACAGCCUCGUUCAAAAUCACAAUGAGUUGGAUACUAAUAGAAAGACGAUCCAUCAAAACUGGGUCGACGUGCCACAGCGCGCUUUACCAUCGUACAUGCUUCCAGAAGGCCACACAGCAGGCGACAAGACGUUGUAUCUUCUCGCCAAAUUGAGCAAAGAAGUGAAUGCUGCUAGAGCAUCUCAAUUGUUGACCGAAGAGAUCGACCGCCGUUGCCAUAACCUUCCAAGGGCCCCGAUGAGUCGCAUUGUGACCAAUGCAGAUAUUCGGAAUGUUCUCGAUCAAAUCCGAACAACGAAUGAAUCCACAGGCCACGCCGCCUCACUGGAAUCAUCAAUGACACCUCAGCCUUCUGUUCAACAAUCUUCAAGCGAUACAACAACGUCGAUCAAAAUAUCAGCCCAGAAUCGUACGCCGAUGAAGAAUUCUCUAGCUCCAUAUGUUUCAUCAAUACAGACCUCUAGGCAGGACUAUUCAACUCCUGCUGGAAACGUCCAAGGUGUGAGGAAGACCCCCCAUGAAUCUCUGCAGCCGGCAAAGGCAACUCCCUCCAAACCGAAUCCAGUAGUGAAGACCAAUGGUUUUCAACCCCCAAAAGAACGCAAUGUUGAGGAUACUCUCAAAGCCUUGCCUCCCCCACCCAGGAUACAUCUUCCGUCUGGAUUGCAGACUUUCUCUUCAAAAUUCAUACAACAACAUAUCGGCGGUCGCGAAUACACGUUCUCCAAGAUCAGCCCUGAUAGGGAGAAUCAAAUCGUACCAUGGCGGACGAUCAUCCGCGUCAACGCGGAACUCCACCGAUAUGCACCUAGACUUGGCGUUCACGGUGCUCUGAUGUUGGUACAGGGCAAGUCAGAUAAUGGAACAAUUGGGUCCUGUUAUCCAAUCAUUUUGAAGAUGGGCACCGAUCAGAAUGCUUACCUUGGUCAGUACAAACUCAUCGGUCGAGAUACUGUGCCUGUUGCAACCUGGUUGGAUGAGCCGGAAGAGACGAGGAUUAGGAUUGCCAAAGAAGUGGCGGAAACCAGGUGGGGAGAGCAACUACUCAGGGACAAGAAAAUUGAACUGGAUGAGACGACUCUCCAAGACCGGGUCGAUCAGAUUCUGAGAUGUUUUGAAAAUAACGACAAUCAGCCUAACCUCCGGAUGGAAUGGGCUGUCUUGCAGCUGAUAGACUUCAAGCACGAGAACUACAAAGCCCUCCAGACUGCCUUGUCAAAGACGCAAGAGAAAGGUCCCAAAGCCGAUCAGAAUCUCCAGUCCGCAGCGUUUACUCGACUAAAUAUCCUCGAGCUCGCGACAAAACAGUGGCUAGACCUGAACGUUGCCAGUCCAAGUGCAGUCAAUUUUUCUGCCUCCGAGGCUAGUAGGCUAGCGGCACUUGUUGUGAAACAAACGGGAACGGACCGCAUGUUCGGUAAAAACUACAAAACCAAGGCCGAGUUUCGACAGCUCAAAGAAUACAUUGUGAAAUUGACCUUACAAAUCAAGACCUCAUUUCCACUAAUGCCAGUGGAAACUCAUGAAGAGAUUACCCGGGCUUUCAAUGCUGUCUAUGCCUUAUUUGAUCGGCACAACGUGAAAGUAUUGAGGACACAAAGGACCGAAUCCGUGGAGAACCUUAACAGACGACAGAGAGCAUCUUUCCAAAAGCCCGGAGGGCUUUCCACAUCCUCAUCCGUCUCCCAGAAACGACGAAACAGCAACAGCGAUGCACCAGUUAUCAAACGGCCGAAGACGAGCGCUCCCACUCCGUGGGGUGAGCUUAAUGCGUGGGAGAAGAACUUAGACGGUUCUCUUGUGGAGGGGCCGAAUGGAUCUACGAUCUUUGUGGACGCUGGAUCGGAAGAGCCUGGGGUCAAGGCCGAUGAAGAUAAUGGGGUGAAGGAGGAUCUUUAUAAUGCGACACCUACGCUGAAGGGAAGGGGAAGGGGAAGGCCGAGAAAGUCGGCUGCAGCUUAGGGCGUUGGAUAUUGGGUGACUUUGGGGAAUGUGGCGAGGAAAAGAGGGGAGUUUGACAUUCUGCCGCCCCCGCUUAGCGGGAUAGGGGUUAAGCGAGCACUCCUUUAAAGAUAGGUAAUUCGGGAGAUCAGGAACGCAGCAACCAAGCCCGGCUACAAUUUGGCUUCAAUGCAGGCUUUUUGGAAGUUCGGCAAUUAUGCGAUACUAUUCCUUCGUUCACGUGGACUUGAAUCAAUGUUAAUGGCCUCCCGAGCGGAUUUCUGAACCUG